CUUUGGGCGGGCGGCUUCGAAGUCAGUCAACAUUUUGAUACAGAUCAGGACACCCGUUUCAUACUAGUGUUCAUUAAAAAGUUGUACUACCACACAAGAUGCCAGCUAGAAACAAGGAUCAGGAGGAGGAAGUUCUAACCUGGAUCUACAAUAUCCUAGGAGAGGCUCGACCAAAGGGUGAAUAUGAAGACAUCCUCAAGGAUGGUGUUGUGCUUUGUAAAUUGAUUAACAAACUUGCUCCUGGUUCAGUUAAAAAGAUUCAAGAGAGAGGAACCAAUUUUCAGCUUAUGGAAAAUAUCCAAAGGUUCCAGGCUGCCAUUAAAAAGUAUGGUGUUCCAGAAGAAGAAAUUUUCCAGACGGCUGAUUUGUUUGAGAGACGUAACAUUCCUCAAGUCACUCUGUGCCUGUAUGCGCUUGGCAGAAUAACUCAAAAACAUCCUGAAUUUAACGGCCCACAUCUUGGACCUAAGAUGGCGGAAAAGAAUGAAAGAACCUUCACGGAAGAGCAACUUCGUGCCCACAACGCCGAGCUCAAUCUUCAAAUGGGCUAUAAUAAAGGCGCCUCCCAAUCCGGCCAUGGUGGUUUUGGCAACACACGCCAUAUGUAAUUAACUUACUAAUUACCUUUCACCACCAUGCCAAACAUAAGACCAGCGUCAAUUUAUGCGGAAAAUCAGUAUUUUAUUUUCAAAACUAGCUAAUUUAUCUUUUAACUUCUCAGGGUUACGUCUGCUAAUUUUUUAUGUUGCUCGAUGAAUGUUUGUACUAUUUUAGUUUGUUGUUUUGGAUUGAAUUUAAACGUAACGGAUUUAUCGUAGAGGAAUGCAAUAAAUUAUUAAAUAUCUUAAAAAAAUCUAUUCUGGAUUUUGUUAAGACCUCUUUACCUGACUAAUGUAAUUUUGUACAUAUUUUAUACUAUUAAAUAAAAACGUUUUAUACAA